ACAAUCUUUAUAUAGUUUAAAAUCUUGACAACGCUUGGAUGUUGAUAAGACAUGUUAAAUUGAUUUAAUUUCUCGCUAGAAACAGGAAGUUGAUAAUAAUGGCGUCCUUUCGGAUCUUAACUGGGUUGUUUCUACUAGUCCCUGUUCAAUGUUUUGUGAAUCUAGCCAAUAACUCAGCGUUCCCAGCAACAACAGUUUCUACAAGUCAAGCAUUGGAUUCUGUGCAAAUACGAACAACAGUUGGUAACAAUGAAAAUACUUGUUAUCAGUUUAAUGGUCGUGAGGAAUGGAUGAGAAUCUGGCUUGGUGAAAAUGAUAAUGUUGGAACACUAACUAUUACAUCUACGACACCUGUAUCAUGGAAAACUGCGAUCACAAUAAAAGCAUACAAUGUACAAACGUCAUCUGUAGACAGUAUACAGCAGAAUGGAAAGUUACUUUAUCCAAUGAAAAACUCAUCUCCAUUGACGUCAUCGAAUCUAGAUAUAACCGUCAAUGAUAUAUACAGAGGGUUCUUCUUAUACAACCAGUCAAUAAACGGAAACCUUGGAGGAUUAGUGUUGUGUGAGGUCACCAUUUUAGGGUGCAACGUGAAUGGAUAUGGCAAUUGUUCUGCUCAAUGUCCAUUAGAAUGUAAAGAUCAGCACUGUGACGCCUUUGAUGGUAAAUGUAUUCAUGGAUGUCAGAAUGACAGGAUGAUAGUUCCAGAUUGCAACGAAUGUAAAAGGAAUUACUUUGGCCAGAACUGUACAUCUACAUGCGGGCAUUGCAAACCAGGAGCGUCAUGUGAUAAAACAACAGGUGCCUGUCCACACGGAUGCCAGUACAACUGGAGUGGGAGCAGAUGUAAUGUAUGUGUUGAUGGAUUCUACGGACUUGGUUGCUCCGAAGAAUGCGGGAGGUGCAGAUAUAGGGUACCAUGUGACCCUAGGACAGGGAAUUGCACUGCUGGAUGUGAGGGAACACAAACACCGCCUCUGUGUAAAGUGUUUCCAGACUCAAACAACCUAGUAUUAUCUAACAAUGACAGAGGUCCGUCCAGUGGAUUAUACGUGGUUAUUGGUGUUAUCACAACACUCCUUGUUGUAGCUGUGUCUGUGAUCGCUGUUCUAGUGUAUGUAAACCAAAAACUGAGAAAGCAAGUCUCACAACGGUAUGUAAGCCAACCAGAACCACCUGUAGGCCAUGAUCAAAUGACGGAACCACGAGAUUAUGACAAACUAGGGGUCCGCCAAACUGACGAGUACAUGGAGAUUACUGCUUCCAAUGAUCAUACUCCCAGAGACAGUGGUUCAAACUAUGUAAACGAAGCAUUCAGAUGACAUUACUCCAACAAUUCAAACUAUGCAAAUUGUAUGUAAUUGAAAUGAAAACUGUUUAACAUAGGUAUACAAGUACUCAGAAGAAAGUUUUCUUUCUACUAAUGAAGAUAUAUGUGCAGCACGCUUAUGGAAAAAUACCACAAUUCAAAGUAUAAGUGAAAUGAAAAAUAGACACGUUUAGGCAUAUAUACUCUAUAAUCACCAAAUGUCUCGUCAAUUGCAUAAUAAAACACGUAAUGCUGGAAA